CCAGGAAAGAAAAACGGGAGAUUCUGAGGAGACAACCUGCAGAAUUCAUUUAAUUUCACAUCAUCACUGUGCUGAGUUUGAGGAACAAACUCUUUCAUCGUCACUCUCAAACCUGGGAUCAGUCCACAGAGCUGACCGAUGGAGUAGAGGAGCAGCUGCUGCAGAGACAUGGAGGGUGUGUGUGCGUGGCUGGUGUGCGUGCUGAGUGUGUGUGUCAGAAGUGACCACGCCCACCUGGACCACCACCAUCACCUGGUUACCAACGGCAACGCAGCCUCAGAUCUGUGUGCGAUCGAUCAGCUGCUCUGUUCGGAUCAGAACUCUCGGCUGAGUUUCGAGGCGAUCUGUGGAAUCCACAAACUGAUGGACGACGACGCCGACGGCUCUGUGGACAUGACGGAGACGGACGAGUUUCUCAGAGAGGACCUGAAGUAUCACGACUCCAAAGCCAAACACAACAGCUUCCACCGGGCCGACCUGCACAUCAGCGUGGAGGACAUGUGGACGACCUGGAAGAGCUCCGAAGUGUAUAACUGGACGGUGGAGCAGGUGGUGGACUGGCUGCUCACCAGUGUGGAGCUUCCUCAGUACACAGAAACCUUCAGGAAACACCAGCUGGACGGGAAGGCCUUACCCAGGCUGGCGGUGAAGAACACCACCCUGACGGCGUCGGUGCUGAAGAUCUUAGACAGAAGUCAUGCUCAGAAGCUGCAGCUCAAGGCUCUGGACAUCGUGCUGUUUGGACCGCCGCCAGGCCGACCCAGCCGGUGGAAGGACCUGGUUCUGGCCGUGUCCGUCCUGGCGGCGCUCGCCGGCUGCUGGUUCGCCUACGUUCAGACCAGGAAGUCCAGAGACGACCUGGGGAAGCUGGUGAAGGACCUGGAGGGUCUGCAGAGGGCCGAGGAGAGCCUGAUGGACCUGCAGGAGAAGCUGCAGAAGGCCCAGGAGGAGCAGCGCUGCGUUCAGGUGGAGAAGGUGAAGGUGGAGGAGGAGCUGCGAAGCGAGAUCGACUCGGCCAAAUUGGAAGCUCAGCGGCUCCGAGAGCUCCGAGAGGGAACCGGGAACGAGAGGAGCCGGCAGAAAUACGCCGAGGAGGAGCUGGAUCAGGUUCGCAUGGCGCUGAAGAAGGCGGAGAGGGAGCUGGAGUCCCGGGCUCGCUGGGCGCCGCCGGAUUCACUGCAGAAGUGGCUGCAGCUGACGCACGAGGUCGAAGUUCAGUACUACAACAUCAAGAAGCAGAGCGCCGAGAAGCAGCUGCUGCAGGCCAGAGAGGGGGCGGAGAAGAUCAAGAAGAAGAGGAGCUCUCUGUUCGGGACGUUUCAUGUGGCUCACAGCUCCUCGCUGGACGACGUCGACCACAAGAUCCUCUCUGCAAAACAGGCCCUGGCCGAGGUGACGGCGGCCCUGCGGGAGAAGCUCCUCCGCUGGCAGCAGAUCGAGUGUCUGACGGGCUUCUGUCUGGUCAACAAUCCGGGUCUGGGAGCGCUGGCCGCCGCCCUCAACCUGGACCCGUCCUUCCUCGGCCUGCGACCUCCGACCCCUCAUCACCUCAUCCUCUCCGAUGACCUCGACGACAUGGACGAGGACAUCCUGUCUCCCGGGACAAUGCAGUACGCAGCAUGGCAGAUGGACCAGCGAGUGAGCGACCUCUGGCCAAUGAGUGGCAUCGCAGACACCCAAUCACCAUGGAAACACUCUGCUCAGAGUCUGAUGCCCCUGCGACAGAGGAUAGUAGACCCCGCGCUGACGUUCAGCUCUCAGAGGGACAUCAUGAACCGCUCUGACUCUGACUCCGCCCUCCCCGUCUCUCACGGCGAAUCACGAGGCGUGUACGGCUCCAAGCCCUUCCUCCUUCCACCCAGGCUCCACCCCCUGCAGGGUCAGGGCUCCGGGGUCGGUGGAGCCGGAGGAGGUCUGGAGAAGAGCUCCAGCCUCGGGGAGCUGAGGGGCAGCCCCGGCGCCGCCGUCCUCACCUCCUCGAGCUCCACCCGCUCCCUCUGCGUCACGUCCGACGCCGCCAUCGUCCCGGCCGUCUUCUCGUCCUCCGCCUCGUCCAGCUCGUCGGGCAGCGGUCGGGGGACGGGCCUCCGGCCACCGGUCGGGAGGAGCCCCCCCGACGAGGACAGAGGAGACGAUAGCGAGGUGUCCAGCAGCCGGAGGAGAACCGCUUUUAAUAAGAUCUUUAAGAAGAAGCAGGGACGCCACUGAACGACUUCAGACCAAACUCACAAACCUGCUUCUACCUGCUUCUGAAACCAAACUCUUUCUGGAAACAACGGUUUUUAACGCUUCACUCUGACGCUUUUUAUUCAACUUUUCUGGUAAUUGUUUUCUCGCCAUUAAACUGAGAAGAUCUAAUUUGAACUAGCGAGGCAAAAAGCACAACACCUCACAGCGCCCAGGAGUCCUACAACUACACAAACCAACGAAGAAGAACAAGAGGACGACUUCGGAAGGACCGUAAAAGGAGAAAAUCUGACUUUUUCUUCCUGCAGCUUAUAAAGUUCAUGUUUACAACCCUACUGAUGCUAUUUCCUGCUCCAAACUACUCUUGGUCAGAAAUGGCGGGAAAAUGUAAAGUCGUACAGCCCCUGAAGGUCGCGUUCACGUCAACAUCAGAGUCACAAUUACGACGGGGAAACUUUUCUGAAGGCUCAGAUAUAUUUUUUACUUAAAUAAUACUUUAAGAAUAAAUCACAUUUACAGACAUGAACCGUCACACAGCCAACAACACAGCCAUCUGAUGACGUUAACGCUCAAAUGUUAUCAACGGGAAUCUUUCCUUCCAAGACUGUGACUUGAACGCUGCUCCACAAUGAGACCAAAGCUAACGGUGCGUUCAGGCGCUCAUAACGUCAAUCAUUUCCAAGUUUUCCCUCAAGCAGCAAGUAAUAAACUGGGACCAGUUUGACUUGAACAGCAGGUCACCUGACAACACCUUCAGGCUCAGAACAAACUUUAGUAAAUUUGUAAACGUGAUCAGUUAACGUCUGAGUAAGUUGAGGAGUGGAUGAGGUGGUAAACAAAAGACCGGUAUACAGUGCAUUGUGGGAUACUGAGGACCAAUUCAUACCAGGCAGCAUCCUCCGGUUCUGCCGAGUGAAGUCAGUUCUUCAUGUGUAUAAGCUGCAUUCUCUCUAGUGUCCACCAGGGGGCGACUCCUCUGGUUGUAUAGAAGUCUAUGAGAAAAUGACUCUACUUCUCUCUUGAUUUAUUCCCUCAGUAAACAUUGUAAACAUGAGUUUAUGGUCUCAAUCUCUAGUUUCAAGUCUUCUUCAAUACAGCAUGAUGUUCAUUUAGUAAAUGAUGCUCCAUUUAGAGUCAAACAGACCAUAAAGCAGGGGAUGCUUUAGGGCGGGGCUACACACUGAUUGACAGGUCGACACCAGAGACGUAUACGGCGUCUCUACGUCACUCCUCCUCAGUCCAUAUAUGGUCACUUCCUGUUCACUGGUUGCAAAAUAACAAAAUCGCCAAACUUGAGGCUUCGAAAACGGCAGUUCACAAACCAAUGAUUCAUGAAGCAGUUUUGGAAAGAAUCGUUCUUUAAACUUUUACGACAUCUCUUUUGUCAUUUAAUACAUAUCAGAUGCAUGAUGGGAACUCACGUGGUCUUCUGUAAAUGUCUUUCUUGGUUCAUGUAUAUAUAUCAGUGUGGAGUUUAUGAUUGUAUUAUCUCGAGUUUCAGCUCAGCUCUCAGUUGAAGGGCUUUUAUUUUGGUGAAUGGUGGCAGUUUUACUAUAAAAUUCAACAUCCAACAUCAUAAAUGUCUCAUCAGAUUCGUUAUCUUGUUGACUUUUAUCAGAAAGUUUCUGAUUUGAUUUAAUAUUUUGUUAACUUUAGACUCAAAGUUUACUCGAUUUUAAGAAAAUAAUUUGGCAACUAUUCUGAUAAUUUAUUGUUUUAGUCCAGUUUUAAGCAAAAAAAGUCAGAAAUUCUGUGUUUCCAGCGUCUCCAGUGUGAUAAUUUACUACUUUUUAUAUGACUCUAAACUAAACAUUUGAGGGUUUUGGACAAAACCAGACAGGGAUUUAUUUAUUUCAUGACAUUUCAAAGACAAAACAAUCGUAAUUUAAUAAUUAUUUAUAAUAAAUUAAUAAUUAUAAUAUUGGUUAGUUUAGCCCUAACAUUUGGCUUCUCGUCUUCUUGACAUGUUCAUAUUUAAAAAAAACAAAAAACUUGUGAGUUGGUGUCUAAAACUCAGGUAUUACAUUUUUAC